UCCUAUGGAACGACUCUCUCGGCUCAGCUGGCUAGCUAGCUCACAAAGGGUACGUACGGUACGGGGGCGCGCGGGCGGGGAGCAGCGGCACCGUACCCACGUACCUGCCUGGCUGAGCCGGGUCGACUGUCUACGUACAGUACAUGCACACGAGUCCUGCUCAAGACAAGUCAGAGACUUGUCUCCGAUUUAGAAUUUCAUCUCUUGAAAUUGCAAAUUGAAGAAAUUCAAACGUAAUCAAGUGACAGCCACAGUCAUCGUCUCACCAUAAUUAAGCAGAGUCAAGAUCCUGCAUCAUGAGGAUGUAUUCAGGCAUCUUGUUACCAUGGAGACACAUCACAUUACAUGGGAGGUCAUUGCUUCCUAAGAGAUACUCAUCGGGAGGUAGAACAGUAAGGACUCCUUUCAUGCAAGCAAUCAAGAAAGGGUAUGGAGAACGAACAGCCAUUGUUGAUAAUCAAAGGACACACACUUACAAUGAUAUCAUAAGUUGGAGUAUGGUUUUAUCACGACACAUCCUCUCUAAUACAAAGAGAGAUGAAGUCCUCACAAGGAGAGGGUCAAAGGUCAUUCUGAAUGGUGAGAGAGUAGCCUUCCUGUGUCCCAAUGAUGCAUCAUAUACUAUUACCCAGUGGGGUGUGUGGAUGAGUGGUGGAAUGGCCGUUCCUCUAUGUAAGUCACACCCAGAAUCAGAAUUAGAAUACAUAAUCCAGGAUUCUCAAAGCUCUUUGGUAAUAACAACCAAAGAAUUAGCUCAGAAGAUCUUACCCAUUGUUGAAAGACACAUGAUCAACUACAUGAUUAUUGACAAUCAGGCUUUAUCUCUUGCUGAAGGAAAUAAUGUAGCUGAUAUUAAAAGUCAAGUUGAGUUACAGGAAGACCCAAUGCAACAAAAAGCAGAUUUUAUAGAGGAUAAUCUUGCAAUCAUGACUUUCAAUCAUCACACUGACGACCUCAUCAACAUGAAUAUCCUAACUGAGAAAUGGAAGCAGAUUCGUUGGAAGAAUCGUGGUGCUAUGUUAGUCUACACUAGUGGUACGACGGGCCAACCUAAGGGUGUCCAGGUGACCUUUGGUGCUCUUCAAGCUCAGAUACAGAUGAUGAUAUCAGCAUGGGAUUGGACGUCUCGUGAUGUUAUUCUUCAUGUCUUACCUCUUCAUCAUGUUCAUGGUGUCGUUAAUGUAUUAGCAUGCCCGUUGUGGUCUGGUGCUACGUGUGUCAUGCUGCCUGACUUUGAUGCAGAGAAGGUUUGGCACAUGCUCCUUGAAGACCAUAUACCCAGGGUGAAUCUCUUCAUGGCAGUACCAACUGUGUAUGCAAAGCUUCUAGAAUUCUACCAACACAAGUACACCACACCAAAGGUGCAGGCUUUCAUUAAAGCAACAUUGAAAGAGAAAAUAAGAUUGAUGGUGUCUGGCUCAGCAGCCCUACCUCAGCCUAUCAUGGAUGAAUGGGAGCAGACAACAGGUCAUAGAUUACUAGAGAGAUAUGGAAUGACUGAACUUGGUAUGGCUCUCACUAAUCCACUCAGUGGAGAAAGAAUACCAGGUGCUGUAGGGAAUCCCUUCCCAACAGUCGAGGUGCAAAUCGUGUCCCCCACCAACCAAAUCAUCGCCAGAGGAAACUCCUUUCAUAGUGAGGUAGUACCAGGGUUUGAAGGUCAACCUGGUGAAUUACAGGUCAAAGGUCCUGCAGUCUUCAAAGAAUAUUGGAACAAACCUCAAGAGACGCAGGAGUCUUUCACCGAGGAUGGAUGGUUCAGAACUGGAGACACAGCAUGUUUAGAUGAAGGUGUGUUUCGGAUCUUAGGUAGGUCAUCAGUAGAUAUCAUUAAGUCUGGAGGCUACAAGAUCAGCGCCCUUGAUGUAGAGCGACAUCUCCUAUCCCAUCCUAUGAUUGCUGAGGUAGUCGUCGUUGGUCUCCCAGACAUCACAUGGGGUCAGAGGGUCACUGCCAUAGUAACAUUAAAGCCAGGUCAAAGGUUAAUUCUAGGGGAGCUUAGGGAUUGGGGGAGGGAUAAGCUACCAUCGUAUCAGAUGCCUACUGAACUGAAGGUCAUAGAGGAAAUACCUAGGAAUGCUAUGGGUAAGGUUAAUAAGAAACAGUUAGUAUCUCAGCUCUUUGGCAUUGAGUAAUAUAGAAACAUGUAACAGUAUUAACAGUCUAGUCAAGUUUUCUCAAGUCUCUUUUUAUAUUCCAAAUCUUGUUAUCACCUUUUUGGAAUACUUUAACAGCAUUCACUUGCAUCAAAAAGAGGGUGAGAGUCCCCACUCCCCUUUGUUUUUUCUUUAUUAAAGGUAAUAAAAAACCAAACAUCUCUUAUUUCAUUUAUGAUGCUGGACUGAAGCUUUCCUGAAUAUUGUCUUA